AUAUCGAUAACCAGCGAGACUACGCGGACCAGGCUGAUAGGAAAUAACCAAAUCACUGGUUAAUCCCCCCGCAGACCCCAAGAGGAAAUCUUGUUUAUGAUUUUUGGACUGGCGGAUGGACGAGCAAUCCGAGUCUGAAGAAUCCUCACUCGACGCGGAAGAAUGGGAAAGAAGAAUAAAAGGACGAUUAAAGGGCUCCGACCCGAGGUUGGCCACAUGCCGCGGGAAGCUCCAGAACAAGAGGUCCAAGCUGAAUCAAGAAAUUAACAAAGAAUUAAGGCUUCGUGCCGGCGCUGAAAACCUUUACAAAGCUACGACGAACCGCAAGUUGAAGGAGACGGUCGCCCUCGAGCUAAGCUUCGUCAACUCGAACCUACAGCUUUUAAAGGAGCAGCUCGCCGAACUCAACUCCUCCGUCGAGAUAUACCAAGGAGAAAGUUCUGAGCCGGUCAUGCCGAUGAUACCUUUGGGCCUCAAGGAAACGAAGGAAAUCGAUUUCACGGAACCUUUCAAAGAUUUCAUUUUGGAACACUACAGCGAAGACGGAAAUAAAUACAACAAGGCCAUACAAGAAUUUAUGGACUUGCGCCAGUCGAUGCGUUGCCCAAGAAGAGAUGAAUCAGGAAUAGAGCUGCUUUAUCAGUAUUAUAACCAACUUUACUUCGUCGAAAGAAGAUUUUUCAGCCCGGACCGCAAUCUAGGAAUAUACUUCGAAUGGUACGACAGUUUCACCGGUGUACCUUCAUGCCAGAGGACUGUAGCCUUCGAGAAGGCGUGCGUUCUAUUCAACAUAGCCGCACUUUACACCCAGCUUGGUGCGAGGCAGAACCGUGCUUGCGCCAAGGGGCUUGACAAAGCCGUCCAAUACUUCAACACGGCGGCCGGCACUCUUGCAUACAUCAGGGAGAACUUCACCAAAGGGCCGAGCGUCGACCUGUCAGCACCAAUGUUCCAGGCCAUCGAGAGUCUCAUGUCUGCUCAGGCUCGCGAGUGCCUGUUUGAAAAACUGGUUCUCCAAUCGAAGCAGAGACGGGAUGCCGAGACGAACUUCGAUCUUGCCCUAGAAGCGCAGGAGGUGUCCAAAACAUACGACUCCGUCAAAAAGUCAAUGCAGACUGAAAUCGAGGACUAUCUGCCUUAUUCAUGGUCGGCCUUGGUCUCCUCGAAAAUCCACCAUUAUUCCGCUUUGAGCAAAUCUAGAGCAAGCAACUGCCUCGUGUCUUCAAACCCGAAAGGCGAUCUUCUUGUCAAACUGUCCGACGGCCUUUCAGAUUAUGGGAAGAAAGAUCAGUACAAAAUUUUAAGGGUGGCUUAUCUGCAAAAAGCUAUUUUCUACCAUGAAGAAUCAGCGAGAGUACAACGCAUGUGUAGAGAAUUGAGGACCAAAAGUGGACUAACACAGGUGAUUGAACGGUCAUUACGUGCGAGUGAGGAGGCUUUCCUCUCAGACUCCCCAACAACGCUCAGCGACCUUGUAGAGCCUCCGGAGAUUCCAGGUACUGGGAAAUGUGAACUAAGGCCAUCCGGUCCUGAUUUGGGCCGGGUCAGCGCCAGCGACCUCUUCAGUGACUUGGGACCUCUCGCAGUCUUCUCUGCACUUACUUCUUGGUCACCGCCAAGACAGGUGACUCUGCAGCAGCCCAGUACUGGGCAUCACACUGGUUAUGGUUUCACGAUAACGACCGACACUCCUGUACUCGUCUCCUCCCUUCAGCCGAACUCACUAGCACAGAUGGCUGGUAUGAAAGAGGGUGAUUUCAUCGUCGAAGUGAAUGAAAUCGAUGUCAAAUGGUCAACUCAUGAACAGGUCGUCACUCUCAUCAAAGCAUCAAAAGAAAAGCUCACUCUUAAAAUAGUAACUCCUGGGGCCAGUAAAGUAUCCAGAAACCGAAGGAAGGAAGUACAGAACAUGGUGAGGCCGGGAAAAGCCGCCGACCAAAAAGAGGAAAAAGGUGAAAAACGAAUUUGGAACCCGUUCAGAAAGCCUCAGACUGAGAAAAACACCAUCUCCCGAUGAUGAUCGCUUUCAAAUCACGAUGACCUGACAUUUAAGUGUAUGAAUGGGUGCAAUAUCAAAACAUGAUACUCAAUCUGAAUAUUUGAGUUGUUUUAUAAUCCUUUCAUUGCAACUAUAAACAGACAAAAAAAAUAUUCUCCCCCCUCCAAAGUAUUUUUAUAGUAAAAACCUAUGUAUUAAAUGAUUUGUAUUUAUUUAUAAAAUAAAUUGGUACUGGAAUUGCUAAGAAUUGUGAACUUGGUGAAUUGUUAUUGGCGCCUGGUUAUUUUUCUUUUAUGUUUAAAUCUUCAAAUUGUACAUUUUGUGUAUAUUACGUUGGCAGAUGAACGGGACAAAAAUCAAGAGAGAAACUGCACGAUGAUUAUUUUUUCUUGUAGAGCUGUGGUUUAUAACGGACACUUUCCUCUCCUAUCCUGCCAAAUUAUAGAGGUUAUUGUAUUUUGUAAAAUGAUCGUCAAAAUUAUAACAUUUUUAAUAUUGGCA